AAUCGUCAAUCCACAAGUUUCGAUCUAAAAACAAAAGACCCUAAUGGUGGAUGAGGAGAAGCUUCCAUGGGAGUUGGUUGAUGAGAUACUCUCUCGUGUCCCACCAACAUCUCUUUUUCGCUUCAGAACCGUUUGUAAACGAUGGAACGUUCUCUUCUACGACAAGACGUUCAUGAACAACCACAAGAUGACGUUUCGAUUCAUCUUAGCAACUGAAUCAAAGAUUUAUUCGGUAAGCAUCGAUCCAAAGAUAGAGGUGUGUGAGUUAACAUUAUAUUUUCCUGGUUUAGAAUAUCAGAAACCUCAAUACUUGGUUGAUUGCGAUAAGUUCUUGCUAUAUGGCUUGGAUAAAGGAGCCGUGGUUUGGAAUCCGUGGUUGAGACAGAGUAGAUGGAUAGAGUCGUCGGAGAUAAAACAAACUCCUAUGCAAUUCAGUGGCAUAGGAGACGUCGAUAGGAAUUACAAGAUCCUUGCUUCUUGUUCUCCGACGGGACUUCCCAACAAGUCUUGGUGCAAAAUAUACGACUUUGCAUCCGAUGCGUGGAAAGACUACGGAUCCGGUGAUGGCAUUGAGGAACGAAGUUCUUAUGUAACCUUUGGUGAUAGUGUUUCCUUGAAUGGUACUUUGUAUUGGGUUGCUAUAGAGAAGACUCAUAAAAGCUUCCACCUUGCAUGCUUCGACUUUUCGAGGGGGAAAUUUAUUAAAGGUAGGAAUCUACCAUGUGAGAAGACGAACUCCCUUAAGGAUGCUCUUGUCCUCGGGGUUUUUAAGGGAGAUCGGCUUUCAUUGUUAAAGCAAUGCCAUAAAACAAAGAAGAUUGAGAUUUGGGUGACCAAAUACAAGGUUAAUACAAAUCUUGCUCGUGAAGAUGUUGAAUGGAUAAACUUUAUGGAAGUGUCAAGUCCUAACUUUCCGAGUCUAGUAUACUACUCUCAGCCAAGUUACUUCAUUGAAGAUAAAAGGCUUGUCGUUUGCUCUUGGGACAAAAUUGGUCGGGCUUGGAUAUAUGUUUUAGGGGAAAAUAAGUUGAUCAGUAAAAGUCAUAUAGAUUAUGUAGUUGAUCCUUGGCCUUUUCACUGUACCUUUAUUCCUAGUUUGGUACCGGUUCCUCGAAGUCAACGUGAAGAACUAGCAGAAUUACAAGUUUGAUUUUAUUGAAUUUUAGAUUCUUGU